AUGGGGGUGGGAGGGGUGACAAAUCAAAGGACUCACUUGGCUGACCAAUUAGACUUGGCGUUAAGGAAGUUAUGUACUGCGUUCGAAGCAAUGGAAAGUGACCCCAAGAAAUCAGACGACUUCCGGAAGCUUGAAAUUUUGCUGAUUGAAUUGUCAAUAAUUGGGAGUUCGGUAGAUUUGUUACUAGAUGAUUUUCCAAGGCCAAUCGAGGGAAGAGUAAAAUUAUGGAUAGUACGUGCAUUUUGGCCAAAGGGAAUGUCAGACGUGUUUGUUGAAGACGUAGCUUUAUUAACAUAUGGCCUGAUGGGAUUUUCAAUCUUCAAGCUUGAUCCAAUAGCUGGGUUAUUUGUAGAGCUGAGCGGAGUGUAUUUUUCAAUGAGAUGA